AUGAGUUCUUCUUCAGACUACAGUGACUCUGCAGCAGCACAACUCAGAGUGGACAUCAAUCACGAAGUUGCCCUUUUCCUCAUGCGCCUGAAGAGUUUGGGGAUCGAUGAUCUGGUCGAAGAUGAGAUCGAAGGUUUCGAAACAGAGACCUCCAAAGCACCAGCCACCAGAGCGUCCGCUCCCACAGACUUUAGCAGCUCUUCCUUCUCCAGCAGAGUUGGCUUCAGCAAGGCCAAAGAUCCCCAUCACAUCAUCGAAAUUUCAGAUGUGGGUGACCAGAUCGAAAACUACCUCCAGAAGAAGAAGCUAUCCCAGAAGCAACGCGACAAGAGAGCAGAGAUCAACAGGCUUGAAGAAGAGAUGGCAGAUCUUGAUCUGCAGAAACGCAAUCUUCUCAACAAUGCCGAAAUCCAGCGCGUCAGUCAUGUCAUUGGAAAUGUCUCCACUGACAUUGAAUUGAACAAGAUUCUGGAGCGGUACAGGGCCAGCGACGUGGAGCGCGCCCAGUUGGAUGCUGAGCGCCAGAGGCUCAUGGAUGGGAUUCGACGGCUUCAGCAGAAGAAGCGUGAAUCGUAA